UGCAUCUCCGGGACCAUUAUUUCCUGCGAGAAUGCCAUUGUAGUGGUGGUCAUCUUCUACACCCCGGCUUUCCGGGCUCCCAUGUUUCUCCUCAUCGGCAGCUUGGCCACAGCCGACCUCCUGGCCGGUUUGGGGUUGAUUUUGCAUUUUGCCUUUGUCUACUUCAUCCCGUCGGAGGCGGUCAGCCUGCUGACGGUGGGGCUCCUGGUCACCUCCUUCACAGCCAGCGUCAGCAGCUUGCUGACCAUCACCAUCGACCGCUACUUGUCCCUCUACAAUGCCCUGACCUACUACUCGGAGAGGACGGUCACCAGGACUUACAUCAUGUUGAUCCUCACCUGGGGAGCAUCCAUCUGCUACGGGCUCCUGCCCAUCAUGGGCUGGAACUGCCUGAAGGAGCCCUCUGCCUGCAGCAUCGUCAAGCCCCUGACGAAGAACCACCUCAUCAUCCUCUCCGUCUCCUUCUUCAUGGUCUUUGCGGUAAUGCUCCAGCUCUACGUGCAGAUCUGUAAGAUCGUCUGCCGGCACGCCCACCAGAUCGCCGUCCAGAGACAUUUCCUGGCCAGUUCCCACUACGUCACCACCCGAAAAGGCAUCGCCACCUUGGCCGUCAUCCUGGGCACCUUCGCUUCGUGCUGGCUGCCCUUUGCCAUUUACUGUCUCCUGGGGGAUUACAGCUACCCGGCCCUCUACACCUACAUCACCCUCCUUCCCGCCACCUACAACUCCAUGAUCAACCCCGUCAUUUACGCCUUCAGGAACCAGGAGAUCCAGAAAGUGCUGUGGACCGUGUGCUGCGGGUGCUUCUCCCCCACCAUGCCUUUC